UCAGGUGGAAAUGCUAAAUACUUUUCUGGACAGAAGGCUGAUUGGACUAGAGAUUUAAGAGUGUCACCAAUGAUUUCUCCAGCUGAAUUUAAAAAAUUUGUUGUGAUAUGUCCUGCAAAAUUCAAAAGAGGUUGUCAAGAUUUUCUGUACCAAUUGAAACGUGCUGCUAGUGGCAUGUCUUGGUUUAUACCUGAAGAAAAAAUGAUGGAUAUUGGAGAUGACCGUGCAAAUUCAUACCUUGACGGCAUUGAAAAUGCGAUUGCUAAAGAAAAACCUUCUUUAAUAAUGUGUGUCGUAUCCAAUAAUUCUGCGGAUAGGUAUGCAGCUAUUAAAAAAAAGUGUUGUGUGGACAGAGGUUUACCUUCUCAAGUCAUUCUUGCGAAGAAUCUGACAUCAAAAGGUACAGGUGCUAUGUCGGUUGCAACAAAAGUGGCAAUACAAUUGAAUUGUAAAAUUGGAGGCGCUCCUUGGUCCUUGAAUAUACCUCUAUCCAAUCUCAUGGUUGUUGGAUAUGAUGUUUGUCGUGACACGGCGAACAGAGGUAGGAGUUUUGCGGGCAUGGUCGCAUCUCUGGACAGAAACGCCACAAGAUAUUUCAACCACGUGUCCGAGCAUCGCUUAGAGGAGGAACUGAGCGAUAAUUUUGCAGCUUUCCUGGCAUUGGCCUGCAAUAAAUAUAAUGAGGUCAAUGAAGUGUAUCCCGAGAAGAUUUUGAUUUAUAGGGAUGGGGUUGGCGAUGGACAAUUGCCUUAUGUUAUUGAACAUGAAGUGGAGAAUAUUAAAAAAAAAUUGACUGAAACUCUUUAUAAAAAUAAUGAUUUGAAAAUGGCAUUUGUGGUCGUUUCAAAACGAAUUAACACGAGGAUUUUUACUGACAUAGGGGAGAAUCCUCCUUCUGGUACGGUAGUCGAUGAUGUGAUCACUUUACCCGAAAGGUAAGUUUAUUCAUUUAAUUUGCGAACCU